GCGGCAGAGUCUUGAUUAGCACCCCACCCUCCCCACCCACGUUAGCAACACAAUCUUGAUUACUGGCACCCCAAGCAGCAGAUUUUGAACGAAGACUCGCCGCUCGGGUCAAUGCGUCGCACCAUCGCCAAAAUCAGGAUCGCAUCGUUCACACGCGGCAGCCCACUAUACACUCUACACUACAAACCGCAGGCCUGAGCUGCUCGCACAAGAGACGAGGCGCAGCGGACGCCGCAAGCAACGCACGGACACUCACCAUGGCUCCUCGCCGCUUUCUCCUCCUCGCGAUCCUCCUCGUCCUCCUCGGUGCUCAUGGCUUUGGCCGUGGCGCCGCGCAGGCCGCCGACCAGUUCGCCUACAACGGCUUCGCGGACGCCAACCUCACGCUCGACGGCUUGGCCGCCGUGGCGCCCAACGGCCUGCUGGCGCUCAGCAACGGCACCAGCCAGGCGGCGGGCCACGCGUUCCACCCGACGCCGCUCCGCAUGCGGAACGGCACCGUGCAGUCCUUCUCGGUGGCGUUCGUCUUCGCCAUCGUCUCCAACUUUACCGUGCUGAGCGACAACGGCAUGGCGUUCGUGGUCGCGCCCAGCACCAGGCUCUCCACCUUCAACGCCGGCCAGUACCUCGGCAUCCUCAACGUCACGGACAACGGCAAGCCCGACAACGGCGUCUUCGCCGUCGAGCUCGACACCAUGCUCAACCCGGAGUUCCAGGACAUGAACAGCAACCACGUCGGCGUGGACCUCAACAGCCUGCGGUCCGUGCAGAACCACUCCGCCGGGUGGUACGACGAUGCCACGGGCGUGUUCAACAACCUCAGCCUCAUCAGCCGCCAGCCCAUGCAGGUCUGGGUGGACUACGACGGCGCCACCACCCGGCUCGACGUCACCAUGGCGCCCCUCGACGUGCCCAGGCCCAAGAAGCCCCUCAUCUCCGCGCCCGUCAACCUCUCGGCGGUCGUCACCGACACGGCGUACGUCGGGUUCUCGGCGGCCACGGGCGUCAUCUUCACGCGCCACUACGUCCUCGGCUGGAGCUUCGCGCUCAACGGCCCGGCGCCGCCGCUCGACACCUCGAAGCUCCCCUCGCUGCCGCGGUUCGGCCCCAAGCCACGGUCCAAGGUGCUGGAGAUCGUGCUCCCGAUCGCCACCGCGGCCUUCGUCCUCGCGCUGGCCAUCGCCUUCUUCAUGUUCGUGCGCACGCGGAUCAGGUACGCGGAGGUGCGCGAGGACUGGGAGGUGGAAUUCGGGCCGCACCGCUUCGCGUACAAGGAGCUGUACAAGGCCACCAAGGGGUUCAAGAAUCGGCAGCUGCUGGGCACCGGCGGCUUCGGCAGGGUGUACAAGGGCGUGCUCCCCAAGUCCAACCUGGAGAUCGCGGUGAAGCGGGUGUCGCACGACUCCAAGCAGGGGAUGAAGGAGUUCAUCGCCGAGGUGGUCAGCCUCGGCCACCUCCGGCACCGGAACCUGGUGCAGCUGCUCGGCUACUGCCGCCGGCAGGGGGAGCUCCUCCUGGUGUACGACUGCAUGCCCAACGGCAGCCUCGACAAGUACCUCCACGACAAGACCAAGCCCGUCCUGGACUGGAGCCAGAGGUUCCAGAUCAUCAGGGGCGUCGCGUCCGGCCUGCUGUACCUCCACGAGGACUGGGACAAGAUCGUGAUCCACCGCGACAUCAAGGCCAGCAACGUGCUCCUGGACGCCGACAUGAACGGCCGGCUGGGGGACUUCGGGCUGGCGCGGCUGUACGACCACGGCGUGGACCCGCAGACGACGCACGUGGUGGGCACCAUGGGGUACCUGGCGCCGGAGCUGGUGCGCACGGGCAAGGCGACGCCGGUGACGGACGUAUUCGCGUUCGGCGUGUUCGUGCUGGAGGUGACCUGCGGGCGCCGCCCGCUGGGGUGCAUCGCGCCCGACGACCAGAACGUGCUGCUGGACUGGGUGCAGGAGCACGAGCGCAGGCGCGCGGGGCUCGACACCGUGGACCCGCGGCUGUGCGGCAAGUACGACGCCGACGAGGCGCGGCUGGCGAUCAAGCUGGGGCUGAUGUGCGCGCACCCGCUGCCGGACGCGCGGCCCGGGAUGCGGCAGGUGACGCAGUACCUGGAGGGCGAGGUGGCCAUGCCGGAGGUCGUCCCGACGUUCCUCAGCUAUACCACGCUGGCGCUGAUGCAGAACGACGGGUUCGACUCGUUCGCCAUGUCCUUCCCGUCCACGGUCACCACGGACGCCAGCCCCACCUCCGGCGACGUCUCGGCCGUCUCCGGCCUCUCUGGCGGAAGGUGAAUAAACAAGGACAAGAAGUGGUAGUCGCCGCGUGAGGCGUUGAUUUGAUUUCUCAUCUAUCGUGACGUACUCAUCUGCUGUAACAUGUAGCGGCACUUUUCCUAGUAGUGGAUAAUUAACUGCGAGCAGUAGUAAUACAGUGAUGUUUUUCUA